AUUCCUUCCUCCUCCUCCACCUAGCCCCCCCCCCCUCUGUCCGAGUCCGCUCCAAUGCCGUUGCCUCUCUCCUCCCCUUCCUCGUAAACGCCUCCGGCCUCCCGGACCCAAACCCUAGCAGCGCUCUCCGAUCACGCCGAGCUCGCCGGAAUCCACCCAAUCCGAGCCGAAUUUGCUCGGGUUCCGGUCGAUCCGGCGGCUUCUCGGCUGAAAAAUUUGGGGCCGUGUCCCUGCGCAUGCUCGCUUGAUCGCGUUCGAUGGGGUCACCGGGGGCCGCCAAUGGCGGGCGCGGCGAGUACGUGAGGAUCCUGGAGGAGGUGGAGGUGGCCAAGGGGGAGGCCGCUACGGCGGCCAUGAAGGUUGCGGAGUGCCCGAGGCACCUGCGGUGGCGCGCGAUCCGGUGGUGGACCAAGGUCGCCGUGCUCGGGAUCUUCCUCGCCGGCGCCGGCGCGGCAGCCGUCAUCUUCCUGGGGCCGCUCGUUAUUAAGAAGGUGGUUGCACCUAUUCUUUACUGGGUAUCAACAACUUUCAGCAGACCAGCUAUUGCUCUAAUAUGUUUUGGCACAAUAGCCUUAUUCCCAAGUGUAUUGCUACCUUCUUCACCCUUCAUGUGGAUUGCGGGGAUGACUUUUGGUUAUGGUUAUGGAUUUUUGAUAAUCACAGCAGCUAUGAGCAUAGGCAUGUCAUUGCCAUAUUUUAUGGGCUCUGCAUUUCAUUGUAGGAUGCGUAGAUGGUUGGAGAAGUGGCCAAAGAAAGCAGCUUUUGUUAGACUUGCUGGUGAAGGAGAUUGGUCCCAUCAAUUUAGGGCAGUGGCUUUACUCAGGAUUUCUCCAUUUCCAUAUAUAGUUUUUAACUAUGCUUCUGUAGCUACAAAUGUCAAAUAUUGUCCAUAUAUAGCUGGUUCGAUGGCUGGAACCAUACAUGAAACAUUCCUUGCAAUAUACAGUGGGAAACUUCUUCAAAGCUUGGCUGAAGCAACUAGCAAAGGGUCUUUCUUGUCGGUGGACCAGAUCAUCUGCAAUGGAAUUGGCUUUGCAGUUGCCGCAGUUUCCACCGCCGCAAUCACUAUUUACGCAAAGAAAGCGCUUCAAAAACUCCAAGCGGAGGAUGAGCUAUGUUGAGCGCAGCUGAUCUGCGGUCCGGAUCAGCUCGUGAUGCUAGUUUUCUUUCAGGUGUACGCAGUUGCUACUAAUCUGGUUUCUAGUGUCAACUACCUGACUACAAUCAUCUGAGAGGGGGUACUGCAGCAAAUGUAAAGAGAAUAUAGAACCAGAAACACUUUUUUCUGUCUUCUUUUCUUUUUCGUGUUUUGUUCUGUAGAGAGAAUGUCCGACUAUCAACUUCAUCAAUGUAUUGCUUUGCGCAGUGUAAAUUCCUAAGGCAAACAUUUCUUUUCCUUGAAAGUGGAACAAAAUGUGCGUCAA